AUGCUCAGGGUGAAAAAGGUGUCAGCGCUACCGUUACCGUGCUCGAUGUUGCGUAGCUUUAGCACGUCACGUGCUCUAUAUGCAGGACAGAAUCUAACUGAGAAGAUCGUGCAGAUGCACGCUGUGGGUCUCCCUGAGAACAAGAAGGUUGUGUCUGGAGACUACGUGUCGAUCCAACCGGCACACUGUAUGUCUCACGACAAUUCGUGGCCCGUUGCCCUAAAAUUCAUGGGUUUAGGAGCAUCAAGCAUCAAGAACCCAAGACAAAUCGUCAACACUUUGGACCAUGACGUACAGAACACUUCGGAAAAGAACUUGACCAAGUACAAGAACAUUGAGAACUUUGCCAAGAAACACGGCAUCGAUUUCUACCCCGCAGGUCGUGGUAUCGGUCAUCAAAUUAUGAUUGAAGAAGGUUACGCUUUCCCGCUAACCAUGACCGUGGCUUCGGAUUCACAUUCCAACACGUACGGUGGUGUUGGUGCUUUGGGUACUCCCAUCGUGCGUACGGAUGCUGCUGCCAUUUGGGCCACUGGUCAAACUUGGUGGCAGAUUCCUCCCGUGGCCCAGGUUGAAUUGAAGGGCCAACUACCAGAAGGCAUCUCGGGUAAAGAUAUCAUCGUUGCACUAUGUGGUGUUUUCAACCAAGACCAAGUGUUGAACCACGCCAUCGAAUUCACAGGAGACUCUCUAGAAAAAAUACCUAUCGAUUAUAGACUAACGAUUGCCAACAUGACCACUGAGUGGGGUGCUCUUUCCGGGUUGUUCCCAGUUGACAACGUUCUGAUCAACUUCUACCGUAAUAGGUUGUCUAAGGUUGGUCCAAAUCACCCAAGAAUCAACGAAUCCAGAAUUGGUGAACUUGAGCGUAAAGCCGAUGAGUUGAAGGCAGAUCCAGAUGCCAAAUAUGCCAAGAAACUAGUCAUCGACUUGUCAACAUUAACUCAUUACGUUAGUGGACCGAACUCCGUUAAGAUCAGCUCCACUGUACAAGAUCUUUCAAACCAAAAUAUUAAGGUUAACAAGGCUUACCUUGUCUCAUGUACUAACUCAAGAUUAAGUGACUUAGAAAGUGCCGCAAAGGUUGUUUGUCCUACCGGCGAUAUAAACCAAGUUAACAAGGUUGCUGAUGGUGUCGAAUUCUACAUCGCUGCAGCUUCCUCCGAAGUGGAAGCAGAUGCAAGAGCAUCUGGUGCAUGGGAAAAGCUACUAAAAGCAGGAUGUAUCCCAUUACCUGCAGGUUGUGGUCCUUGUAUUGGUCUUGGUACCGGUCUUUUGAAAGAAGGUGAAGUCGGUAUCUCUGCCACGAAUAGAAACUUUAAGGGUAGAAUGGGGUCGAAAGACGCUUUGGCAUACUUGGCAUCACCAGCUGUCGUUGCUGCUUCAGCAAUCUUAGGUAAGAUUGCAUCUCCAUCCGAAGUAUUAGCAUCCAAUGCAGACCCUAAAUAUACCGGCGUUGUGGCCAGUGUUGAAGACGCCAAGGAAUCUGCGGGUUCCUCUUCUACCAGUACCAACGAAGAGACUGAGGCCAAGGGCGCGAUUGAAAUCUUGGAAGGCUUCCCUAGCGAGAUCUCUGGUGAACUCGUUCUUUGUGAUGCAGACAACAUCAACACUGAUGGUAUCUACCCCGGUAAAUAUACCUACCAAGAUGACGUGCCGCGCGAAACUAUGGCUAAGGUUUGUAUGGAAAACUAUGAUCCUGAAUUCCAAACCAAGACUAAACCUGGUGAUAUUUUAAUCUCAGGGUUCAAUUUCGGUACCGGCUCUUCGCGUGAACAGGCCGCUACCGCUAUCCUUGCCAAGGGCAUCAACUUGGUGGUUUCGGGCUCCUUCGGUAACAUUUUCUCGAGAAACUCCAUUAAUAAUGCAUUACUUACUCUAGAGAUACCUGCCCUAAUUAACAUGCUCAGAGAAAAAUAUCAUGACAAACCGAAAGAGCUAACACGUAGAACCGGAUGGUUCUUGAAAUGGGAUGUCUCACAAGCUAAGGUUGUUGUGACAGAGGGUUCUCCAGACGGACCAAUUGUUCUCGAACAAAAAGUCGGUGAACUUGGUAAAAACCUACAAGAAAUCAUCGUCAAGGGUGGUCUAGAAGGAUGGGUGAAAUCUCAGCUAUGA